GGUUGCACAUUGACGAGCUGAAGAGCGUCCUCUCUAUCUCCAUUUCUUAAACAGCACAAACGACAGUGUAUCGUGGAAAGGGCCCUUCUUUUCCAUACACCUGUCGUACACGUUAUUCGCUCCAAGCUUUCUUUGGCAUGCUUAGGUUGUCGGGUAAAUUCACCUCGCGGGCUUCAAGACCUAUCUCAAUGGGAAAUAUGUCCAAGACUAGGAAUAUAAGAUCCUCUGCACCCAGGAAGUCAGAUACCGUUCCGGAGGGUUACUCAGUUGAUCCAUCUGCGGGACCCAUGCUACGGUUCCAGGCAUCCCUGCCACGCCUUCCUGUCCCUACACUCUCAUCCACAGCACACAAAUAUCUAGAGACUGUCCGGCCUCACUUAUCAGAAGCCGAAUAUGCUACCACUCAAUCUGCUGUCAACACAUUCCUUCAUUCGCCGCUGGGUGCCGAGCUGCAGAAGCGUCUCGAGAACCGUGCUGCAGACCCAGAGAUGAAGAGCUGGCUUUCUGACUGGUGGAAUGAUGCAGCAUAUAUGGGCUAUCGUGAUCCAGUGGUGGUUUUCGUGAGCUACUUCUAUGUGCACCUAGACGACCCUCGGCGACGUGAUCCUGCGAAAAGGGCUGCAAGCCUGAUCAAAGCCAUGCUUCCGUUCAGGGAACUCGUUGAAUCCAAACAGCUAGAACCGGAGAAAGUCCGCGGAGCUCCAUUAUGUAUGGAUUCUUACAAGUGGCUCUUCCACUCUUCGCGAUACCCUGUCAAACCUUCAGAUACCGCCAAGAAGUUUGAUGCCAACACACAUAAUCAUGUCGUCUUCGUCCGGAAAAACAAAUUUUUCGAGGUUCCCCUCGCUGGUCCGGACGGCAAGGAGCUCAGUGUUGCAGAACUAGAAGUUCAGAUCGAACGUGUUAUCCAGCUGGCUGGUAACGAGAAAGGUGUCCCUAUUGGCGCUCUUACUAGCGACAAUAGGGACAUUUGGACGGAUGCUCGUGCAGCAUUACUGGCAGCUUCUCCCGUUAACGAGAAAUCCCUUGGACGUAUUGAAUCCUCCGCGAUCAUAGUCUGCCUCGAUGAUACGAAACCGAUCACCAGAGAAGAUAUUUCCUGGGCUUGCUGGGUUGGCGAUGGCCAGAACCGUUUUUACGAUAAACACCAAUUGCUUGUCUUCGAUAACGGGCGUUCCGGAUUCCUCGGAGAACAUUCGUGCAUGGAUGGUACGCCUACUCUUCGAUUGAACGAGUUCAUCCUUGCCUCGCUGGCAGCAAAAAAGGUGGAUCUCGGUGAACCACGCACAAGUUCCACCGGUGGUAGUCUUCCGGAACCGCGCGAACUCAAGUUCGACCUUGACGACCGAUGCAAGGCGUUCAUCAGUGAUUCGUGUCAGCAUUUCAACGAACUUGUCGGAAAGCAUGACCUACACGUUUUACACUAUGAAGGAUAUGGAAAGUCCUUGAUGAAGACAUUCAAAGCCUCUCCUGAUGCAUGGGCACAAUUGGUCAAGCAGCUCGCAUUCCAUAAGAUGUUUAACCGCCCUGGUGUAACGUACGAGAGCUGUCAAACUCGGAAAUACCAGCUUGGCCGAACCGAGGUCAUCAGGAGUGCCAGCUCUGAGACCAAGGCAUGGGCUGAGGCCAUGCUGAGUGCAGACGAAACGGAUGAACACCGUGCCGCUCUCUUCCGAAAGGCAGUCUCCAGACACCUUCAGUAUGCUGCGUGGGCAGCCGAUGGUCACGGCGUUGACAGACAUUUCUUCGGUCUCAAGAAAAUGCUCCGAGAGGGUGAGCCCACUCCAGAAGUUUAUGAGGACUCUGCAUUUGCGAGGACAAGCCACUGGGAACUAUCUACUUCCCAGCUCUCAUCCAAGUUCCUUGAUGGCUGGGGGUAUGGUGAAGUGGUUCCUGACGGCUACGGGCUAUCUUAUUCCAUUGAUGACCACUACAUUCGCUGGACUAUAACGUCGCUCAAGUCCGACGUUGCAGAACUAAAGCACUACCUUGCGGAGGCCGCCACGGAGACGCGGAUGAUGAUGGAGAAAGCCGCGGCGUCAGAGCAACGCAAGAAAGAGGCUGCAGACGGCAAGGCAAAGUUGUGAUGGGGCCUGUGUUAUCCGCAUGUAACGGAGCGUGCAUGUAAAAGCGGCCGUAGAGUUGUGCCAUUUGUUGUAGAUAUCAUUUACAUCGCAUCUUUUUUUUCCAUGAUGAGACUUUCCGGGGAAAUGGUAACCAUUGUUCCUACUGUAUCCUAAUUCGCCGUACCUUUGAGGCACGGUGACUGAUUUGGGCUAUACAAUAAACACAAUGACGAUG